AUGGCUUGCAUCGGCGAGAGCAACUGCCGGGUACUGCCCGUGGAUUUCGGUCCUAAGGUCGCUUUUGGCAGCCCUACGGGGAGCGAGUUCGAUUCUUGCGGCGACGAAUCCGAUAUUCCUUGUGCCAUGCUUAUCAGUCGCCUGCCCGCUACAGCGUUGCAGGAUAUCGCAAACAGGCCGUCACCGACUAAGCCGUCUGGUUCAACAAAGAGCCCUAUCAAGUCUACGGCUCUCACCGUCCGACGCACAAAGACGAAGGAUGAGAAUAAGACGAAGGAUGAGAAUGUUCGGACCGCGUACGGCGAGAUGAGCGGGCCACCCCAUCCGGAUGUUUAG